CUUAUCACUAUACGGUUUUUUCUACUGCUGCACUUAUCACGGAUCGAAUACUGUGUCAAAAGUUCAAAGUAAAAGGAAAUCGCUUGAUAAACGACCAAGUGCCGACUGUUGAAACAAAAAGUAAACAUUUGUGUAAGUUUUCAUUCAACAUUUCAGUGAUGUGAGAAAUAAGAGAUAUCAUCGCCCUACAUUUUAAAGUAACACUGCCAAAAUGUGUAAUAUUUUUAGUUUGCUCCUGAUAUUCUUAUCGGUUCAUCAAGCGUUUGCAAGUGAUAACAUAACAGAAAAUAUUGUUAAGAAAAGUGGUGGCUUUCUACUAUCAGUGCCAAAGGUUUUAGUUUCUGGAAAAAAUGAAACAGUUUGCUUGUCACUGCACGAAGCUAGAUUGCCAGCUAAAGCUAUAAUAGAUUUGAAGUGGCGCGAAAAACAUUUGCCCACGUUGAGAAAUUUGGAAGCAGAACAUACCUGUUUUGAUAUGAUCGUUCCAAAUCUGCCAAUAAAGGAACCACAAUUUGUGAGCAUAAAAGUACAAGUACAGCUAAACGGCAGCAUACAAUCCGCACAUAACUUGGAUCCUAUUGUGGUGUACCCCCACAAGUUGGUAAAGACCUUCAUACAUACCGACAGAGGUCUUUAUAAGCCUGGCGAUAAGGUCAGAUUUAGGUUGUUGAUACUGGAUGAGAAUCUCCUACCAGACAAUUCAAAGGUUCCUGUCAUAAAAAUAAAAAAUCCUCUAGAUGUUACGGUUGCGGCAUGGGAGAAUAUAACUCCAGAAAAUGGUCUGUUGAGUUUGGAAUAUACGAUGGUACAAGAAUCUUUAACGGGGAAAUGGAAAAUAGAAGCCCUAGACACUACGAAAACAUUCGAAGUGCUGAAAUAUACUUUGCCUCGUUACAAAAUUGACCUGGUUUAUCCAAAGCUGAUAUACUACAAGGCAGAUAAAUUGAAAAUAUCAGUAUGUAGUAGAUAUGCCCAUGGGAGAUACGUCAAGGGGUUAUCUUUGAUAAAAAUUACUGAUUCUUAUGGCAACAUGCCUCCUGUACAUAGACUUCAAGAGCUGGAAAAUGGUUGCACUGACUUUAUAAUACCUUCCCAAGAACUAGCCCUAGAAAAUGUGAAAGACAAAUUCCCGAUGUACGAUCCGAAAGUGUACCUCCAAAUGGCAGCGACUGUUACAGAAAAAGGCACUAAUAGGAUCGACAUUACUACUGGCAGAAUUCUGGUCUACUUGAAGCCCUACCUCAUGAAAUUCUCAGCGACCCCUAUGUUUCAACCCGGGUUACCUUACAAAGGGAGACUUAAGCUAUUCAACGUGAAUGUGGACUUGAAGCACGAAGUUGUCGAGAUUUGUUACAACCUAGCCAUCAAAAAAAGCUGGAACUAUUUGAACAAUGAACAGUGUUCAAACUUUUCAGUCAGCGAGGAAAGUACUGUCGACUUUACCAUAUUGCCGCUGAGGCACAAUGUGAUUCAUAUCAAUUUGAACGCUAGAUCAUUGAAUCACACCGAAGUUGGUGAUAGUGCUCUAGUAGUUCGACUGCAUUCUCUCAGUAACAGCUACAUUUAUCUACAUCAAGACACCGCUGAAAAAGCAGAAAAUGAAUGCAGAAGCCCUGAACAUUACAAGGUAUUUUUCACAACCGAUGAAAUGGAAGAAAAUGAAAAUGUCACAUUUUAUUUCAUGGUGAAGACUUCGUCACACAUUUACAAAUUGAGGAAACUCCAGCACGUAGUCAAAAAAAGGACCACACGGUCUGUCAAUGGACUGAAAAACAUCAUUGGACAAAAACAUAAGUUUGUCAAAUCUGUAGCAAAUAUCGAUAGCUUUCAUUUGAAGUUUAGAUUAGACAAGCGAAUUUUGACCAAGUAUCAGUUGUUAGUUUACUAUGUUGCUAAUAAUGGUGAAGUAAUCGCUGUUAGCAAAACUAAUGAAGUCAAACCAUGUCUCAUGGAGGUAAAUGCGAAAUGGUCCCAGAAACAGGUGAUUCCAGGUGCCACAACCACUCUAAACAUCAAAACUGGGGCAGAUUCCUUAUGUUCAUUAUCAGCAGUUGAUAAGUCUGUGAAAUUUUUACCAAAUAACUAUAACAGAUUCGAUGUAAGCACUUUGUUGAAAGCCUUCGCGUUAGAGGAAAGAGAAGCACCUCAAUCUUCGAGGAAAUCAUGUAUACCACCUAUGAGGAAAAACCAUAAAAGCAAGGUGGCUUCUAUGACAUAUCACAAUGAUGAGUCUGUUGUAACAAAUGAUACUUCCUGGGAACUAAGAAGAAGAAAACGUCACAUUUAUCCGUUUUCAGAAGAUUACGACGCAUAUGACAUAUUCAGUGUAAGUUGCACUAUACUGUUUAAACAUAAAGUAAAAAACCUUUUUUUGUCAGAAAUUUGGGACUGUCACAAUAUCUAAUUUGAAGAUCGUCACCAAACCAUGUUACAAUGGUGAGUAUUUUUUAUGUCUCAAAAUUCUUACGUUAUUCAAUACGCUGAAACGAUCUCAAUAAUUACGAUAAUUCUUUUCCAGGUCCUCUAAUCAAAGAUCAUAAUCAAGUCCAGUUCAUGACUGAACAAUACGAUGAUCAAAAUGAGGAACAGGCUGUUUCAAUAAGAUCUGACUUUCCUGAAACAUGGCUUUGGGAAUUGAUACCUGUGAGCGAUCAUGUUCAACUAAGAAGACACCUACCUCAUAGCAUAACUAACUGGAUGACGAAUGUAGUUUGCGUAUCUGGAGAAGAAGGUGUUGGCAUAAGCCCAGAGAUAGAAAUAUCCAGCUUCCAAUCAUUUUUCGUCGAAGUACUCUCACCAUACAGUGUUAAACGGGAUGAAGCAGUUUAUCUAUACAUCCAUGUCUCCAACUACCUUAACCAUAGAUUUCCUAUUAGAGUGAUCCUACGCCUUUCUAAUGGUUUGAAAAUGAUAAAUCCGAACGAGAAAUUGAGCAAGUCAUUUUGCCUAAAAGAAAAUGAUACGAUAACUCAUCUCGUACAAGUAAAAGCUACCUCAUUAGAAACUGCGGAAGUGACAGUUUUAAGUGAAGUUGAUACGCAAUAUCCAUUAGCUUGUGGCCCAGAAACUAUCAUCUCCAAAAGGGAUAUUGUGAUGAAAAAGAUACUCGUUGAAUCAGAGGGCUAUCCGACAAGACUAGUGAAAUCAGCUCUUCUGUGUACACAUGAUUCAGGUUCGAAUAACAUUUCGUGGUUUAUUUCGACACCAAAAGAAGUGGUACCUGGUACUGCAAAGGCCACUGUUAUCGUAAAUGGAGACUUAUUCGGGCAAACCAUAGAGCAUCUAGAAGAAUUAUUAGACGUUCCAACGGGAUGUGGUGAACAAAUUGUAGCAUCGAUGGCACCAAAUUUGUACGUUUUGCGUUAUUUGAACUCGACGAAUACUUUGAAGCCAUCUAUCAAGCAGCGAAUUAUAAGGAAUUUGAAAAUUGGUUACCAAAGAAUUCUGAACUACGUUCAUAAAGAUGGUUCAUUUUCCGCAUUUGGCUACCAUGACCCAACAGGGUCAAUGUUUCUGACCUCAUUCGUUGUCAGGACUCUACAAGAUGCCAAGCAGUACAUCUAUGUAGACCAAAGGUUGAUUGAUAAAGCUAUAGCUUGGAUAUACGACCAUCAACUAGAAAACGGUUGCUUUAGUACGAUGUUACAUGUAUUUCAAGAUAUGGGAGGUACCAGCAAAGAAAAUAGUACGGCAACUCUAACAGCCUACGUGAUUUUGAGUUUACUAGAAGCAAAUAUAGAUGUUCCAAAGCAAGUUCAAACAAACAUCAAAUACUGUAUUCGAAGUCAGCACAACCCAGACAAGUACUAUCUUGCCAUUAUUUGCUAUGCACUGUUCAAACUGAAUUGGAACACUGAGGCAAAUAGGUUUCUGAAACGACUUAUUGCGGUCUCAGAACAACAGGAGAAUCUACUAUGGUGGACUAAUAAAGAUAAUUCUACAGCAACUGAUAUAGAAAUAACAAGCUACGUAUUGCUGUCUCUACUUCAUGAGAGCAGUACAGAAAAUUUAGCUUAUGCACAAUCUGUAGUAAGAUGGUUGACAGCGAAAUUUGGACCAAAAGGUGGUUUCAAAUCUACACAGGACACUGUAGUUGCAUUGGACGCUCUUUCUAGAUUUGCAAAAAUAGUAAAAUCAAGAAGUCUGCAUAUAAAUGUUCACGUUGAAGCUGGAAGACACAAGCAAAACUUUACAUUGCAGAGCAACGAUCCCUUGAAAUCCAAAGCUAUAUCUGUCCAUGAUGAGUCAACUGAUGUGAAUAUUGCAGUUAGAGGGGAAGGUUGCGUUUUAGCUCAGGUGAUCCAUACAUAUUAUCUGCGACACAUCAUGAAAAGUGAAGCGUUCAAGUUAGCCAUAGAUGUCGCUCCCGUUUCUACCAUAGACCAAUGUUCCAUAGCGAGUCUAUCUCCAUGUUUGGCGUAUACUGGCCCAGAUGGGCCAGCAAACAUGGCAGUGAUGGAGGUGAAUCUGCCAUCCGGAUACCAGGCAGAUAGAGCAUCAUUGUAUAGUUUGAUAGAAUCCGAUAGCACUUCCAAAAUAAAGAUGUUUGAAGAAGAAGAUAACAAAGUUAAUAUUUACUUCACGAAAGUAGACAAGCAAUUGAUGUGUUUCAGUUUCAAUAUCAACGAAAAUACUGAAAUAGAGGGAAGAAAAGAUUCUGUAGUGAAGGUAUUUGACUACUACAGACCAGAAUAUAAUAUUUUACAGUUCUAUACUUUGAGUAGCAGUUGUUAUAACAGAUCUGAUCUACUAGAUCGUAAUUUUGAAACCCAAAUAACAAUCAAUAACAUUCCAAUAAGCCUGUCAGAAUCAAAUAAUGAUUCCAAAAAUGUGACGAAAAGAGAUACAAGCAGCACACCACAAUUAGAACAGAUCAUAAGUGAUAAAUGCAUCAAAGUAAAAGUAAAAGAUGAUGCAACCAUGAAUGAAAAACUUAAUCCUGAAUUUGUUAUAAUGAACAAUGAUAUGGAGACGCCAAAAGGUAUGGAGGCAAACAUGCCAACUUACAUUAAACCCACAAGUGAUGAAUUGAAAAAUAUGACUACUUAAUAUAAUUAAUUGAUUUAUUAAAAUUAUAUAAAAAUAAAACACAUAUUAUAGAAUGUUACGGGAUUUUUCUAUGAUGGUU